CCAUAAUGCCGUGCGCAGCAAGUUGACGUCACGACUUAGGCGGACGUGGCACAGACGCCGCUCUAUAUAUUUUUGUUAGUUUCAAGCCUAAACGUGGAGACAUUUGGUAAACCAUGGGAUUGACAUUAUCGACAGUCUUCUCUCGCCUCUUUGGAAAGAAGCAAAUGAGGAUACUAAUGGUGGGAUUGGAUGCAGCUGGUAAAACUACAAUCUUGUACAAGUUAAAAUUAGGAGAGAUUGUUACAACCAUUCCUACUAUUGGGUUCAACGUUGAAACGGUUGAGUACAAGAACAUCAGUUUCACAGUGUGGGAUGUUGGUGGUCAAGACAAAAUUCGUCCCCUGUGGAGACACUACUUCCAGAAUACUCAGGGUCUCAUCUUUGUGGUCGACAGUAAUGACAAAGAAAGAAUCACAGAGGCUUCAGAUGAAUUGGCAAAGAUGCUGCACGAAGAUGAGCUUCGAGAUGCUGUCUUACUAGUGUUUGCAAACAAGCAGGAUCUGCCAAAUGCCAUGACUGCUGCUGAACUUACUGAUCGUUUAGGACUUAACCAAUUACGGAACAGGAGGUGGUACAUACAAGCUACAUGUGCAGUUCAAGGACAGGGUUUGUAUGAAGGUCUGGACUGGCUAUCCAAUGAAUUAUCCAAGAAGUAAUUAUUUUUAUACCAUGACUUGUCAAGCCCCACUCCCUGCUUCAGGGUUUUGAGUCAUGGUGUGAACCAAGGUAUAGAUGUGCUCUAAUUUCUCUUCGCUACAAAUUGAUUAUUUUUUUUUUUUUGUACAUGAAAUGCAAUAAUGAAUCAAUAGCUCUCCCUUUAUUUAGAUUACAAAACAAAACAAAACAUAACAGAUUGGACAGACAAGUAUAUAUAUAUAUGGCUCACAGUGAGUUCAUUGUUAAGAAAAUGAAGUACUAGUUGUUAUAUCUUUUUAAGUCAGUAGUAUGACUCAACUGAGAGAAUAAUACCCUACUUUCAUGCAUGUUUGUGUAUUUUUUCACUGCACUGAAAAUACUGAAUGAAAGAGUGUACCAGAGUAUGACAUUUCCAUGAGACCCAGCAGCUGCAGUCCUGUUCCUUCCCGUGUUUGACCGAGUGUUUUGUUGGAUGUAAUGCUGAGGUGAAUGCUUGUGUAACAUCCAUGUUUAAAUCAAGAAAGUUUAAUAUUGUUAAUGUAUGGUGUGGGAGUGCCAUUCUCUUGUCUAAUGUAGUAUGUAUAUUUUGGUAUAUAGAUUUUGGGUUACUUGUAACAGUGACACAAGCAGUCUUGUUGGUUUAAGGGUUAUAAACCAAUGGGGAUAAUUGAACUUGUAUGGAAGCCCAUAAACUUCACGAUACAUCUUAAGGUUUCAGAAUCAUAAUGUAAAUAUAUGUACUAUUGUGGCAUUAUGAAGGUUAUUUUUUUUUUAUUUUUUUUUUUUUUUAGUGUUUGCUCUCACCUCUGCAGAUUUUGUUGAAUACCAAUGCAGGUACUGUUUAUACAUGAUAGAUAAGGCAGUGGUGCAACUCCUCAGAACUGUAGCUUAUGAUUUACAAGCCAGGUAUGUGACUGUAUCGCUCUUUAUUUCAAGGUUUUUUGUUUUAGCUAAUGAAGAUAUCUGAUUUGAAUAAUUGUUUCAUCAUAAAAGGAAAAACUUUGUAUUUUUCAAACAAAACAUUCCUUCAAGAACAAUGGUAUGUCAUAGUUUGUAAAUUCUUAAUAAACAUGUUUGACAACA